AGCAUCAGCUGUGGCGGGUCGCAGAGUGAGAAACUUCGCUCGCGGCUCCUUCUCCCUUUUUCCUUACGAGGUUUCCCUCCGGAACCCUUUCUUCCCCCCCCUGUUGCUUCUUCUCUCCGGAACAACCAGACGCGGGUUGCUCCUCGUUUCUGAUCCGCCCGGUCGCCCUCGGGAGGGAUUCCUUCACCGGGUACGACUCCUCCGAGUCCCCCCCCCCCCCAAAACCAGUAACCCCCCCCCCCUCCUUUCUACCCGAGGAAUGAGAGCACUGCCGGAGAGGAAGAGCCGAAACUCGCCUGUUUGAAUCAACAAAAGAACUGAACGCGAGCGCAUUGCCGCCGAAAUGGAGGAGGACGCCGCGGCGGGAUCAACGCGUAAGUCUUCCCUCUCGGCUCUGAACACAAACCCCACGAGGCCGGACCCGGAGGGGCAGAGUAGCCCCCCGACGACGGAGAACGCCGAGAGAAUGGAGUCUCCAGAUAAGAAAGAUUCGGAUUGGAGAUUGACAACGCCCACAAAAUCUGACGUCAUUCCCCGAUCGCCUGCUCUACCUGCGUCCCCUGUCCCCAGGUUGAAAAGUUCUAAGGACAUCAUUAAAGCAGAGGAGAGGCAGAAGCUUGCCAAGGAGCGGAGAGAGGAAAAGGCCAAAUAUCUCGAAGAGCUCAGCUUGAUGCAAGCUGCUAAAAAGAGCCAGUGGCUGGAGAAGGAGGAGAAGGCCCGGCAGCUGAGGGAACAGCAGCUGGAGGAGCGCCGCAGGAAGCUCGAGGGACAGCGGGUCAAGGCGGAGAAACGGCGAGCCACCCUGGAGGAGAGACAGAAACAGAAACUGGAGAAGAAUAAAGAACGCUACGAGGCAGCCAUCCACAGGUCAACCAAGAAAACGUGGGCAGAGAUCCGCCAGCAGCGCUGGUCCUGGGCGGGGGCCCUAAGCCAGAACUCGAGCCGCAAAGAAGGCAGAUGCUCUGUGUCAACGGUCAACCUGCCCAAACACGUGGACUCUGUUAUAAACAAGCGACUGUCCAAGUCGUCCGCUACGCUCUGGAACUCCCCCAGCAGAACCCGCAGCCCUGCGCUCAGUCCGUGGGAGAGCAGCAUAGUCGACCGGCUGAUGACGCCGACGCUGUCCUUCCUCGCCAGGAGCCGCAGUGCCGCCAGUGUCCUCACCAACGGCAAAGACGGCCACUCUCCUCUCUGUCCCCGGUCGGCCUCCGCCAGCCCCCUCACUAUCUGCGCACACCAGCCCCACCACCACCACCACCGCUGCUCCGACCGCUGGAGAGUGACGUCCAGCACGCCCGACAUCACCCAGCGGCCACGCAGACGGAGCUCCACGCCGAUGGAUAAAAACAAGAAGGAAAAGAAAGACAAGGAACGGGAGAACGAAAAGGAGAAGAAUGCCAUCAGUAAAGAGGUGUUUAAGAAGAGGCAGUCGCUACCCAGUAUGAGGCAAAGAGCUGAUCCCAGCCCCAGUCCUUUAUCGAGACAGCGGCCGUCCUCGCCAGCUGCGCCGAAGGGCAGAACCGCCUCCCCCAGCCCCGCCGCCUCCCCCAGGCCUCCAUCCGCUCGUGGAAGCCCAUCAACCCCUAAAGGACGACCAAAAAGAGCCGGGGCCCCUGGAAGGAUGGACCAGCGCACCUCCUCCCCCGUCUCCCACGAACACCGUCGGCCCGCGACGCCCGAACAGAGAAAGACAGCCUCACCGCGGCCCCCCAGCACGACGGCCGCAGCCUCCCCCUCCUCCCCCUCACCGGAGCCGGCCCGUUCCUCUCCUUCCGUCCCGGCGUCAUCGCCCACGCCAGCCAAGCCCAUGGCCGGCACCAACAGCCAGGAGGAGGCGGCUCGCAUCCUGGCGGAGAGACGGCGAGAGGCCCGAGUGCAGCGAGAGAAGGACGAGCAGGAGCGCCGCCAGCAGGAGGAGAAGGAGAGGAUCCUGAGAGAGGAGCGAAUAGCCAGGGAGGCGGAGGAGCGGCGGCUCAGGGAGGAGGAGGCGCGCUCCAUGGCCGAGGAGCAGAGGAGGAGGGACGAAGCCCAGCGCCUGCGGGACGAGCGGGAGGCCGAGGAGAGGGCCGCGGCCGAGCAGGAGGAGAACGUGCGCCUGCAGAAGCAGAAGGAGGAAGCUGAGGCUAAAGCCCGGGAGGAGGCGGAGAAGCAACGUCUGGAGAGGGAGAAACACUUCCUGAAGGAGGAGCAGGAGAGGCUGGAGAGAAAAAAGCGUCUGGACGAGAUCAUGAAGAGGACCCGCAAGACGGACGCGGGCGACAAGAAAGAGACCAAGUCCUCCUCCCUCACAAACGUCAGCGACAAAGAGGCAGAGAGCAGCAAAGCAUCUGCUGAUCAUCAGCCAAAGCCAGAGGUCAACAAGCAAGAGAAUGGACAGACGAGCGCCAAAGGAAGCAGCCCGCCGGCUCCAGCCCUCAACGGGAUCCACAACGGCUUACCCGCCGCAGAAGACGCCGCCCACUUCGGAGACCUCAUCCAUCUGGCAAAUCACGGCAACGCCACCAAUGGAGGUCGGGAUCACCGCGAGAGCAGCGCGGCCCCCGGGCCCAUCCUCGCGUUCCAAAGCGAGGAAACGUUCGUGAAGAAGGCCGGAGCCAUGAAGCCGCAGCAUGUGGCAGAGGUCCUGUGACAUGUCCCGACGUUGAAGCGCUCGUCGCCUUCGCCGCGGAGCUUCCCCACCGAGGCUUUUGUGUGCCGCGUCGACCUUUUCCCAAAAAAUACAAACUUAGGUCCCUCCGAGGACGAAGCGGGCCACAGGAGAGGACGAGCGGGGACUCGAGAGCAAAAGACAACGGGGACAAAAGUUGGUGCAUCAGUGUUAACAUUUGUAAAAGAUGUUUGUGGCAUAGAUUCCAUGCACCUUAAUACUCAACAGUGUCAUCCUGUGCACGUUACAGCACAGCUGAGUAAAAGUGACCGUCAGCUGGAAGUGUUUUUUUUUUCUUUGUUCUUUAGUUAUUUAACUGAAAAAUGAAUAUAAAAGGCUGCGUACAUUUGUGAAUAAUGUAAAUUACCUUGUGUGAUGGACGAAGGAGGUCUGUGGUUUAAAGUUGUAAUGAAAUGGAGUCUGUUAAAGUUACUCUGCAGAGUAAAGACGGCUAUUAUACAUCCUGGUUUGUAUAAAGCUACCUGUAUUAGUUGUUUUUUUUUUUUAAGCCAAAUUUAGAAAUAUGGCUGCAACAGCUUCUUAAUGUGUGCGCGCAUUUCAACCCACGAUUGAUUGCACGCACAACUCGUCGUAAUAACGAGCGUGCAACUUCACAAAUGACACCACGGCUCAUUUUAAGGUCAAACCCCCCGAGAAACGGGGAUUUACGCCACUGACAACUGGCUAAGGCUGACGAAGCGUGUUAAAGUUCUCUCUCCUGUGCGUUGGGAAUCCACGGACUCGCGGUGUGUCUGCGAUGCGUGUGUAUGCCGUGCAUUGUGUGUGUUGUUCAGAUGUGCGUUACGUCAGUGGGAGCGUCUCAAAGUCUUAUUAAAGGCAAGCUGUCCAGUC